GUUCAGAGAGAGCUCACUGAGUGAGACUGUUCAUUCACUUGUAUUGAGCUGUAACGGUCGCAAUGGCAAUGAAUGAGCCUGUCUCCUCCUGGACACUGAGUGUCACCAUACUGAGGGCAGAAAACAUUCGCUCAUCAGACUUUUGGUCAGAGUCUGAUUGCUACAUCACCCUGACUCUCCCACCUGCAAUUGUUUUCAAGACAAAUACUGUGGCCAACAACAAAAACCCAGAGUGGAACCAAAGCUUUAAUUUCAGACUCCAUAAUAAUUUCCAGACGACUCUCCAGAUUAAGCUGUAUGAUGAGGACCUCCUAUUUGACGAUUUGAUUCAAACAAUCAGGUUUGAUAUCAGCACCCUGACAGUAGGGAAGCGGGAAAUCAAGGAAUUUGCUAUCCAGCCACAGGGUAAACUUUGGAUCGCCUUUGACCUGAAGGAGAGUGACAGGAAAGUUGCCAGUCCGUUCAAAGGCCUUCAUUCGGGGAAGGAAGUGGUUUCUUACUGGAAAUUAAAUGUUACCGUACUAAAAGCCAAAACAAGCUCUUCCAGCGAUUACUUUUCAGAGUCAGACUACUAUGUCACUCUUUGUCUUCCUACGGCGACCGCAAGUGCUUUCAACACGACGACAGUGCACAAUAAGUGCAAUCCAGUGUGGAAUGAAACAUUCACCUUCAGAGUCCCCUCCCAUCUGAAAAAUGUUUUGGAGAUCAAGCUACAUGACGAGGACCCCAUUUCACAUGAUGACAUCAUUUCAACUGUUCUGUUCGAUCUCAACAACCUCACCCUAGGGAAGAAAGAAAGAAUCGCGUUCAACUUAAAUUCUGAGACAACGGACCAAAUUUGUAUUCAACUUGAGAUGCUUCACAGUGAGGAGCCCUCGUGUGAAUAUCUCAGUAAUGGCAUCCUCAUGGCUGGCCCAUUCUCUGUUUUGGACAUCAGUGUUGACAAUCUUCUAAACAAUUAUGAUUUUCUGGGUAAAAUUAUAAAGGUUCAUGGUGCCUGUCCUGAGAAUCAGAGUUUGUCGGCGAAGGAAAUCACCAAGCUGCGUUUCUAUGUCAACAGAGAUUUGGAAACUGAACUUGGAGUGGCAUCCUCUGCUGUUGAUACCACCUCGAGUUCAACAAGGCUUCAGCCGUUACGACCUGAAGACACGAGCAAAGUGUCCCUUGUCAUUGAUCAGGAUACGGUGGAUUUAAAGGUUGAGACACAUGAAUGGGUCCAUGACCAAAUUGCAGUUCGUCUGGAUUUUGACAUUCCACAACAAGAGAAAGAGUCUUUGAAGAAGAGGAAGCUCAUUGUCGGGCAGAAUAUGCAAAAGCUCUUUGGCCUUGCAUCUCCACCAUCACCAGACCAGGUGCCAAUUAUAGCGUUGGUGGGUUCAGGGGGAGGAUCCAGAGCAAUGACAGGCUUGUUUGGCAGUUUAAAGAGCCUGAAAGAAAUAAAUGUUCUGGAUACUGUCUCUUAUAUCACAGGAGUGUCUGGAUCUACUUGGACUAUGGCUGCCUUGUCUAAAGAAGCAAACUGGUCACUAGAUGGUAUAGACAGUACCAUCGCUCAAAUAAGAAAAGAGAUAUCGAAGAAUUUACUUAGUUUAUUCAGUCUGGAAAACCUGGAAUACUACAAGCAAGAACUGGAAAAAAAAAAUAAUGAAGGGCAUAUUGUGUCAGAUACUGAUGUAGCAGGGCUGCUAUUUGAACAUGUCAUUUUUGGGAAGAAAAUUAUCAGUACCCUGUCUGAGCAGCAGAAGACAGUAAAUCAAGGUCAAAACCCUUUCCCCAUAUACACUGCUGUCAAUAUGAAGGAGAACAUAGGCUGUGAACCAGAAGCUGAAUGGUGCGAGUUCACCCCCUAUGAAGUUGGCUUUCAAAAGUAUGGAGCUUUUGUGCGAACUGAAGACUUUGGCAGUCAGUUCUUCCUUGGUCAUCUCAUCAAAAAACUUCCAGAAGUUCGUAUCCCUUAUCUGAUUGGAAUAUGGAGCAGUUUCUUUUCAGUCAACCUGGUUCAAUUAUUUCAAGUCGCCACUGGAGAGCCCCAGUCCAGACCAGAUAUCCAACAAACAGAGCCUGAAAAUGAGCCGUCGACUCUUGAUACACAACUCUUUGAUUCGUCCACAGCUGUCUCCAGAUUCAUCAGUGAUUGCGUGAAGAAUCGCCCAAUUAGUUCUAAAGUAUACAAUUUCAUGAACGGUCUUUUUCUGCACUCAAACUACAACACGCAUAGCAACUUCACAGCCUGGAAAGAAACACACCCUGAUGCCUUUCCAAACUUAUUAACACCCCGCGACUCCAUUCUGCAUCUUAUUGAUUCUGGUCUCGUCAUCAAUAUUGGCUGUGCCCCUGUCCUACGUCCAGAGAGAGAAGUGGAUGUUAUAAUUGUGUUUGAUAAUUCCUGGCACCCAGACAACAUCUUCAAGGAGAUACAGCAGACAGCAGUUCACUGCAAAGACCAUGACAUCCCCUUCCCCCAUAUUGAUUUUACUACUGUGGAAGGCGAACCUCAGAGAGAGGUUUACAUCUUUGAAGAUAAGGACAAUCCCAGGGCACCGAUAGUGAUUCACUUCCCACUUGUCAAUAUUUCAUUCAGACAUUUCAAACAACCAGGUGUGAAGCGCGAGACUGCAGAAGAAAUAAAAGCUGGAGAGGUGGAUGUGUGCAGCAGCGAGUCUCCAUACACCACUGAAAACAUUUCCUACUCAGAAGAGGAUUUUGACACUCUCGUGAAUUUAACUGCCUAUAAUGUUGCCAACAACAAGGAAAGCAUCAUUGAAACGUUGAAUAAGAUCUUGAAAUCUAAAAUGACAGUAGAGAUAUAAGUUGGAGACUCCCAUGACUCCUUCAUUUAUUUAUCUUUCAGUGAUUAAAAUGAGUACAAUAAAUUCAAAAUACAAUUUAAAACUACAAAUGCUGUAUUAUACAGUACUGUGGCAAAGUCUUCGUCCACCACUGAAAAAACUCAAAAUCUUAGCAAGAAUAUUUCUUACUUCUAGUCAAAAAUUUACGCAUGUAUGCAUUGUAGGGUCACUGAGACCGCCAUGAAGUUUGUUAAAAAAAAAUUUAAAAAAGGGGCUAUCCGCUGACGGAGGCUUGGGUUUAGCCUAGUUCUCCAAUGAGCUCCAGGGAUAACAUAGAAGUCACGGAAAUGGAAAAGGAGCCAUCGCUGGAGAGGGUGACCGCAGCACAGUGGCAGAUUUAAUGGGAGAAAGUUGAUCUAACACAGCAUGAAGCCAGAUUGGCUAGGUAGUCAGCAGGCUAGCUGGACAGGUGGCAGCUUGGUCCGGUCUGUAAGAAACAGGCCCUGCCAGGAUGCUACCUGUGGCCAAGUUACAGCCGGGGAUCCUCGUUAAAGUAAGCCAUUUUAAAAAAAAAAAAGAAAAACUCUACGGAGAUGCGGCGGCUAAAACGCUUCAGUCAAAACGUGCAAGCUUGCUAGCAUACCGGUUCAAUAUAUAGUUUUCAAAUAAUAAAUAAAUUGGAUUUUUCAUUUGUUGGACUUAUUUUGGAAUACUACAAGCAAUAACAAUUCGAUUGUGAUUCGCUGUGGAGCUUGCCUGUUCUCCCCGUGCCUGCGUGGGUUUUCUCCAGGCACUCCGGUUUCCUCCCACAUCCCAAAAACAUGCCUGCGAGGUUGAUUGAAGACUCUUAAUUACCUGUAAGUGCGAAUGUGAGUGCAAAUGGUGGUCUGUUUCUAUGUCCCCUGCGGAAAAAAAAUAAAUCAACUUUAUUCAUUCGGUAAUGUCAGAUUUAUGUAAUGAUAUACAAUAUAUACAAUCAUAGACCUUUGAAUUGGCUUAAAUAUAAUAUAAGAAGGCAUAAUUAGUUUAUUAUUAUUGCUUAUAUUGUAUAAUUUCUUACAAAUAAUUUUGCGGAUGCCCGAGCUACUCCUCCCGGACAUCCAGGGGGACCAGGGACUCCAGUUUGAGGACAUUGCUCAAACAUAGUGGUCUAAGACUUUCACACAGUACUGUCGCUAUAAUAAAAUUUGUGUGUCAUCAAACUGAUUUGAUGCUCAGCAGUCUCGUGCAAACUAAUGGGAGCCAGGCGAUAAGACAAAAUAAAAAAAAAUUAAAAAAUGGUGACUUAGCUAGUCUUGAUAUUCCUUUGUAUAUUUAAGACAGGAAAAUCCUCUAAAGAGAUUUUGAUAUCACAUUUAUAAUGCUAAGUGAUAACAUGUUCUGUGACCAGUGGGGGGUUCCUUCAAGUAAUAAUUUGAGACACAAAUCUUCAUUAAUAAGGAAUCAAUCACAGAUUUGAUGAACGCUUUUCGUUCUCCCUCAAGCUUUAAUUUCCAUUCAGCAAGACAUUUAAGAUAAUUCUGUACUUCCAACUGCGUGGCCCAGUGCACAAAGCAAAGCCGUAACGGUGUGAUUAGAUGAGA